CGAUAUACGAUUUGCCCAUGUUACUUGCUGGGCUUUUCCUUCCAGAUCCCCCCAGCUUAUUACGAUUUUCAUGAAACGCCAUCACGAAUGCGCUUCGCCGGUACGCUCGCAUGCUGACCAGACGGGGCGUAAUGGGCUCCUUCUCUCGUUCUUCUUAAAUUCCCUCCUGCACAAGCUGCCUCUCCAAAAGAGGUCCCGCCGCGGCAGGCAACCCAUUAUACCUGAUCUGAGCCGUCGAAACGAUGCCCAAACUCUCUGCUACUCAUUCAAUGCUCGUGAUAAACGGCAGUAUAAGACCGAGGACUCACAGGGAGACCGCGACUCUCGAGCAUGCCUUACGCCCGCUGCAGAAAGCGCCCAGACCAGGGCUGCGGUUCACAUACCCGACCCGGUACUUGCCUUUGACGGACCGCACACUCACUUGGCUCGGGUUCACGGAGAGGUCGGCGGGAUAUUGCAGCGCCUCGGAAACCCUUCGGGUCGCGGCGAGAUGGCAAAUGCAACGCCGUUGUUGAGGCCAGAUAUGGAGCAUGAUCUGAAGGGUGUCGGGAAGCAGUUCGAAUAGGGUGAUGGCGGAGUGACUGCAAUGCUGCCGAUAUUGUAACCGCAAUUCAAUAGAAACCGUACUUUCAGCAAUUAAUCAGGAUUUCAAGGUGAGGAGUUCAACAGAAUAAGUCGUGUGCUCGUGGACUGCACUUU